CAAAAAAUUUAAAAAAAAAUGAAAAAUCAUAGAAAAAAUAUUUUAUCUAUCUAAUCUAAUCUAAUUUUUUACAAUUUUAUUUUUAAUUGUACUCGGUAUAGAAUAAAAUAAUUGAAAUCGAGAAUAAAACGAUAUUUCACCAGUAAUAGGCCAUCUUGAUCCAACACUAGUUUGCGUUUUGCAAUAAUGCUUGACUAUUGAUAUUGUAAAAUGUUAUAAAUUUAAUGAAUGAAAAAGUCGAGAUCCAAUGUAUCGUGAAAUCGUCUUUAUUUUAUAAACGGUUACUAGCACUAGGGCCUAUCUACCUAACGAUUAAUAAUUUAUUUAGUGUAUUUAAUUUCGAAUUUCUGUCAAAUAUAGUUAAAAUCAUGUUAUAAACGUCGUUUAGAGAGUUUCUAUAAAUCCGAAUAUUGCAAUGAUUUUAUAUUAUAUUUCUAAUGUGACAGAUAAUGUGGAUUUCGAAAAUGUUAUAGAACUUUAUAGACAUGGACCUUAUGAACUUAUGAAACAUUGGUAUUUAAUAAAAACUCCAAAAUACAAAAGAAUAACAUUCAAAGCAAAAUUGCGUAUACUGCGUAUCACCCGCUACGCAUCGCAUGCGCAAUGCUUAACUUAAAAUAAGAAAUCGGAACAGAUUGUUUGCAUGUGCGCGCGCUGAUCCACAUAGGCCACGGACACCAAUACAACUAACACGAGUUACUUAUUCCUCGAAAUCUGCUGUCGCACGUUCUGUACUGUUCCUAUCACAGCCGUUUCUCAAAGAUACUCACUUCGACUUUAACUAACUGCUCAUUUGUGAUCUCACACAAUACAUUUCUUCUUCUCUCUUUUUCUUCUUCUGUCUCUAUCCCUUUCUUUUUCUCUUUCCAUCGUUACUGAACUCAAUUUUCCCUCAUUUCGUUGUCCAAACUCAUCUUUCCUGAUCCAAGAUCCGUUUGGUAUUUCACUAUUAGUGAACAUUGACGACUGUGAUUGUUAGUAUUACAAGUGCAACUUAUUCAUUUUUCAAAAGAAAUUCAGAAAUUUAUUUGUGUGAUCAACUAAUUAUCAGUUCAACUUCGUGUUCCGCAUAUUGAAUAUUUAUAUGCCUUCGUAAAGUACACGAUUAUAGUCCUACCAUGAUUAAAUUAUUCUCCUUAAAAAAUGCUGGUAAGAAUGGAGAAUCUCCUAAAGCCGGAUCACAAAAGAAAGCAUCUGCUGCUCAACUUAGAAUUCAAAAAGAUAUCACUGAAUUGAAUUUACCAAAAACAUGCAACACAGAGUUUCCAGACCCGGAUGAUCUGUUAAACUUUAAACUUGUUAUCUGUCCAGAUGAGGGAUUUUACAAAAACGGAAAAUUCACAUUUAGUUUUAAGGUUGGACCAAAUUAUCCACACGAACCACCUAAGGUUAAGUGUGAAACUCAAGUCUAUCAUCCAAAUAUUGACUUAGAUGGCAAUGUAUGCCUAAAUAUUUUAAGGGAAGACUGGAAACCAGUUCUUACUAUUAACUCAAUUGUUUAUGGAUUACAGUACCUGUUUUUGGAACCAAAUCCAGAGGAUCCUUUGAAUAAAGAUGCUGCUGAAGUAUUACAAAAUAAUCGUCGGGUAUUCGAACAAAACGUAGGCAAAGCAAUGAGGGGUGGUUACGUGGGAGCAAUUUAUUUUCAGCGGUGUCUCAAGUGAUAUACUGUUCCCUUAUUGCCGAAAAUAUGCGCGCCAUCACAAAGACUCACGAUCAGAGGGAAAAUAAUGAAAUAUUGGAGAAAUGCAGGACGGCGUAGUAUAUUCGCUGUUGCCUGUGUGUCCACUUUUUACAUACUUACGUUCUUUACGUCUUGCCAAGCCUCCAAACAUCUAAUUCAUCAAGUAUUUUAUGCUUUUGGCUAAUAAUAAAUUCACUGUAUCAUCUAAAUUAUAUAUAGUACUUUAAUUAAACUACGUAAAUUGUGGCCGAGCCCUCGUGUAGAUUAUUGUAAGAGUGAUGCGGAGGAAACGACAGACGUAGAAACGAUGUACAUGAAGUUCGCUUGAAUAGCUUAAGUAAUUUCAAUCAUUCGCAAUUUGAAAACAGAUUAAAAGAAUUUCGAAGAUGACUGGUCUAAUAGAGACACGAAUAUCAGUAGUCAGUAGUGGAAUGAAUAAGUCGGAAAACGGCUUGAGUUUAAUAUUUUAUGAAAAUAAUGCUUGCAAAAGUAUACAACUUAGUUCUUUCUAUUGUAAAAUAAAUGUACACAAGCCAAACAAAUUUUAGUUUGAGAUUAACCAUCCAUCUGCUAGGGUUUUGUACUUUUUGGAGCAUGUAAACCGUUUUUACGAUACUUAAUCCUAUUUAUUUGUCUCAGAGUUUAUUUUUUUGUUCUAUAAAAGUUCUUUUACCUUGAUUUAAUUCUCACUAGGCCAGUCACCCUAUUAGAUCAUUUAUAUUGGUAUUCCCUUGAUCGCGUACAAUAACAAAAACAUGUUUUUUUCAAUAAGAUUUGCAGAAUUAAUAAAGGAUUUACAUUGUCAUACAUAUGGUUAUAUGUGCGGAUUUGUUUAUAACUUAUGGAGUGAAUACCAUGUGUUGCAAUUUUCGUUCAGUUAAAAUUAAGCAAUAUUAUUUUUCAAUAAACUAAUUUAUUUAUAAAGGCAGUAAACAUUAACAUCUUUCCUAAAUUUAUAUUUAAAUAAACUUAUUUUCACUUCUUAAUGCUAUUGUAUGAAAGUCUUGUAUUUCUUCUGCCUUUAAGUGAAAUGUUCUGCAUAAAUCUAACUCAUACUCAUGAAACAUGUAGAAUUAUCAUUCUAACCAGAUAAAAUAAAAAAGA